CGACUUCAAAGUCGACGUGCUCAUUUAUUUCAACGAACAUCCAUAUCCCACCACAUCACACGUUUGAUCGCGCACUACCUCUCGAGAGCCUGUCAAGGCACCUUCAUCUUGGUAGAUUGCGCGCAUACUCCUCAAUUCUAUGGGGUUUUAACAAACCUCGUCGCCGCUAACCCAGGCUUCCAGCCCAUCCAGGCGAACACCACCACAUCCAUCCCCCACGCCGUCACGGCUGCCGAUAGCUAUCGCCCUCUUCCCUCCCCUUCCCUCCCCUUGCUUCUCCGGCGAUGCGGCCGCCAUCUCACAACCUCGUGUAGGCGAGCCACUAGAGCGUCGGACAGCGCUUUCAAAGUGUUACCGCCCGUGAACUCCGAUAACUAGACUUAAUCACACUUUACUGGACCCCCGCUCGAUCGAGCUGCGUGCCGCUCACUAUGGAUGACCAUCCGCAGUUUCCUUCAGCCGAGGCCGCCAGCGCCCCCAAAAUCGCAGACACUACCGACACCACGAGCCCUGCCAUCAAGGAAGAAGCCAUGGAUGACCAGAACCCCUCCUCUUUUGAGGACAUCGACUGGGCCGAGCAGGAGCGCAAGGAUGAAGAGGACAUGAGGAUGAUGUUCAACGACGACCCCAGAACCUCGCAGGCCAACGGCCUCGACCUACACACCUUCGGCGACAAGAUCAUUGACCAAACCGACAAAGCCGACGAUGCCGUCGAUUUCGAGGAUUUGAGCGACGAUGAUCUUGCCAGUGAUGCCGGUUCUACUGAUGCCCUCCCCGACACCGGUGCCUCCCAUGUUCCCGGCCUGACAGAAGAUGACGGCACGAGCCACGAUACUGAUCACCUCGAUGAUUUAUUUGGUGGCGGCCUCGAAGGUGAUAAUGACUAUCUUCCCUCAUCCCCUCCACCGGAGGAUACCGCUGCGACCACUACUAUUGCUAUAGCCAAUGAUGAGGAUAUAACUGCUAUUGAUGCUGCGUCCGAAAAACAGCCGACUGCCAACGUACCCCCCGAUGAGCAGGAUGAGGCAGCGAACGAGGCCAAGAACGAGAACGAUGCGACACGCGAGGUGACAGACGAGGCUUGGCAGAACAUGAGCUUCGAGGAGCGCUGGAGACUCAACUUCCCUCAAUACAGCGUAUCCAUUGAUAAAUGGAUUGGCCAGACCGAUGAAGGGAUGCAGAAGCCUUUGCAGAGCGCUGAGGAUCUGGUACGCGAGAAGUUUCCCUACUUCACCGAACACAAGAUCCUCCAUUUCAAUAAACUGCUGCCCGAAUGGCCCGCAGAGUUUCAGUACAAGGAGCCGGCGAAUAAGGACAGGGACCCUCCGGAAUUCGUGCCCACCAAGUUAGAACUGGAACUCGAUGCCGAUUGUUCCAAGCUCUUCCGCAUUCCCGACAAUGCUAUAACCAUAGCCAACCAACGGACCACAUAUCACGACGCAGACGACUGGGCGAACCGCUUUGGCGGUGCGGUUCUGCUUAAUCCAGAGGAUGACUUUUCUGAAUCAGACGAUGAUGAACUUGUGGGGGGAUUCAGCCUCGACGAGAUUUCGACCAUAUGUCAAGACUGGUGCUCUCUCGGCGAUCAGCAGCUACUGCCAAAAGAACGUCUUAUUGCUUCACACGGCGAUGGCGUCGAUGAGGAGAUGGAUGACUGGGAUCGAGAGUUCCUUCAGUCACAACCCAAGGCAAAACGGCCAAAGUACGAACCUGGUCUUCCAGACAUAUCAACUUACGAGACCUGGGGCAUUGAUGAUUUCGAGGAGGCUACGCGGCGAUCCAGCAAGCGUGUGCGCUUAGAUCCUAGUGAUCCAUAUCUAUUACUGGAAGACAUACAGUCGGCACGGCCUUCAAAACGCCAGAAAUUAGAAGAGAAGACGAAGCGCAUGGCGAGUGGACAGCUUCGGAGAGAUGUUAUGCGUCAUUUCAACAUCUCCAACGAUGAUGCGUAUGACGCUUUGAAGAACAAUCACAAGAACAAAGUCCGAGCCACGCUAUCGAGUGUCGGUGUUGAACAUAGUUUGCCAGCUUUGAAACUCACGUUCCCCUUCUAUCGCACCAAGUUAGAGGGGCAACCUUGGGAAUUCCAUCGCAAGAAGUUCGACAUAGACAGGAUCGUGAAACACAAUAUUGGUGUCAGAAAACCCGGAAAGGUCAGGAGAAAGGACAUCAAAGGGCGGAGUACGCAAGAGAUAUUCAAGACUACCAAAGAUCUCAGUCUAAAUGAUAACUCCACUGCUGUACUCUUCGAAUACAGCGAACAGUUCCCCACCGUGCUAUCUAACUUUGGUAUGGGUAACCGUGUCAUUAACUACUACCGCCGCAAAGAACGUGGCGACGAUGAAAAGAUACCCAAGCUUGAUAUUGGCGAGACACACCCCCUACUUCCCGAAGACAGAUCGCCAUUCAGUAUUUUUGGUACUGUUGACCCUGGCGAGGUUGUCCCAACUCUCCACAACGAGAUGUACCGUGCACCAAUUUUCAAGCACGAGCCGCGUCCAAAUGAUUUCCUUUUGGGCUACACCACGAAUGCCUCAGAGGGCCCAAGGUGGUUCCUACGCAACAUCGACCAUGUAUACACUGUGGGCCAAGCCUUCCCUUCGAUGGAGAUACCUGGACCUCAUGCCAGGAAAGUCACCAACACAUCAAAGAAUAGAUUGAAAAUGGUUGCAUUCCGAAUGAUGAAGCAGAAAGAGACACAGGAUGUAUCAUUGAAGGAGAUCACGCCACACGUGUUCGAGAAAGAAGACCCGCAAAACAGGCAGAAGCUGAAGGAGUUCCUUGAUUACAGCAAGGAGACGAAGACCUGGCAUCUCAAGGAGAACGAGUCCAUGAUGGACGAGUCUGCUAUUCGUGCCAUGAUCAAGCCCGAGGAUGUAUGCCUAGUGGAAGCCAUGCAAGUCGGUCAACAGCUAAUGGAAAAUGCUGGCUUUGAUCCCAAGGAUAAAGACGAUAACGAAGACGGAGUGGACGAACCCCUUGUUGUUCAGUUGGCGCCCUGGCGAAUCUCCAAGAACUUUCUUGAUGCGAGCGCGGGCAAGGCCAUGGUUGCCCUGCAUGGUGAGGGCGACCCUACGGGUCAUGGCUUAGGCUUCAGUUUCAUCAAAACGUCUAUGAAGGGUGGCUACAUCAAUGCCGUACAAGGCCCGCUGGCUACAUCGGCAGACGCCAUUGAGCGCGAGCGCAAGGCCAACGGUGGACAUUCGUACAAUGUCAAGAAACAACAGGACAUGUACAACGCCGCCAUCCGGGAGAUCUGGGAGCGACAGAAAACCACGCUUAAUGAAAACACUACACACGAGGAUUCCGAUGUUCUUGAUACAGCUAACGAGGACGAUCGCUUCAACCAGAGACACGCCGAUGCCACGCCUGCACCUGUAGAUGAUGGAAGAAGCCAGUUCAGUCGUUUCAGUGCGGCCAGUCGCAGCGGCAAACGUAAAUUGAAAAUCACGAGGAAGAAGAGGAAUAGCGCGGGUGAGAUGGUUACAGAGACUGUCGUGCUAGAUGAUCCUCUCGUCAUACGCAACUACAUGAAACAGAGAGCCGUCCUUACCGAAAAAGACAGAGAUGUCUAUAGCAUCAUCCCGACUGCGGAUGCCGAUGACAACCGCGACAAGGUGAAGCUUGUUGAGAAAGAAUUGUCACGCCUACUUAAGAACCAAGAUCGACGUCAAGUGCGCGAAAAGCAAGGCAAGGGCAAGAAGAAGGGCGCGAGCGCGAAUGCAAGCGCUAUUAACGCUGCAUCUCCUGAUGCCUCUGGCGAUAAGGCGUCAGGAGGCACAACCCGGAAAUGCGCUAACUGCGGGCAAGUGGGACAUAUCAAGACAAACAAAAGUAAAUGCCCACUUCUUAACGGUACCAUCACCACGGUUAAUCAAGGCGGUGAUCACGGCGGGUUUGGAUCAUUUAGUGCAUGAGUCUUGGCAGCAUUUAAUCAUGCCAUGGAUAUAAGGGGCGAGGCAAAGGGACGAACGGGCGUCGGCCAACCGACAUGUAGACAGAGAGGUAUACUCUCGCUUCAUAGGCACCCCCGUACUAUGUGUAGAAAUACAUAUGCAUAGAUAGCCUAUAGGCUACACCCUUUCGUCUGGACUUCGUAGAGGAUAGGGAAAAUAAUGUUAUUAAUUGCAAAUAUUCUUGUGGCCUUCGUGCCCUAU